AUGGUGAAACAAACGCCAACCGUAGUCAAUCUUCUCCCUUUGAUUCUUCUCCUCUUCUUCGUUUUAACAAUAACAGAAGUGGAAGGGGCAAAGAAGUCAUAUGGGGUAUAUAAUAAGAGCAACAACUCUGUGAAACUGUUUGUGUUUGGGGAUUCGUAUGUUGACACAGGAAAUUUCGUCAAGGGAGGAUCGUAUAAGCCACCGAGUGGAAUCACAUUUCCUGGUAAACCUGCUGGAAGGUUCUCCGAUGGUCGUGUCCUCACCGAUUACGUUGCUUCAUUUUUGAAAGUUGAAUCCCCCACACCAUAUGCGUUAAGGAAUUCCUCAGAAGUAGAAUAUGGUAUGAACUUUGCUUAUGGAGGGACAGGAAUUUUCGAUACUUUGGUUGAUGGACCAAACAUGACCGUUCAAAUCGACUCAUUUGAGAAGCUAAUCCAACAAAAUGUCUAUACCAAACUCGACCUUGCAUCCUCAGUUGCUCUUGUGAACGCUGCUGGCAACGAUUACACUACUUUUGUUCUUAAAAAAAAGGACAUUACGCAUAUAAAAGCCUUCACAGAAUCCCUUAUCGAGCAAACAUCUAUAAAUCUGAAACGCAUCCACAGCUUGGGAAUAAAUAAAGUAGCAGUUGGGUUAUUACAGCCUAUUGGGUGUUUGCCUGCGUUAACUGUGAUAUCUUUCCAUGAGACGUGCCUUGACAUUUUAAACUUAGUCUCCCAAACUCACAACCAAAUGCUCCUCCAAAAUGUGCUUCAACUCAACCACCAAAUGGGAAAAUCGGUUUUCGUAACAUUAGACCUCUACAACUCUUUCCUCUCCACAAUUGCAACAAUGAAGAAGAAGCGCGCUGAAAACUCAACACUGAUGAAUCCGUUGAAACAGUGCUGCGAUGGGGACAGUUUAAAAUAUUCUUGUGGAAGUGUGGAUGACAAAGGAGAAAAGAAAUAUAGUGUGUGUGGGAAACCAGAGCUUUCAUUCUUUUGGGACAAUGUUCACCCUUCUCAAAAUGGUUGGGAUGAAGUCUCUAUGUUGUUGCAAUCUUCUCUCGGCCAACUUACGGGAAAAAACUUCUGA